AUGUACAAACUACAAGUGGUCUUGGUGCCCCCGAGCCUCCAGGCGACGACGCCCAUGCAGUUUGGAUACGGGCCCACGGUUGCCGAGUCCUCUCAAUUGCUGCCUAACAGAACCAGCAUCGCGCAAAGUGCUGGCGACGCUUCUUUGCAGUAUGCCAACAUGAGGUCUGCUAGCGCGAGCUUCUCCCCAUCCUACUUCAACCAAUCCAGGUUCAAAAAGUUUCUUUUGUUUACCAAGCCUACCAACACCCUGUUGAAUCUGAGUGAUGAAAUCAUCGAUAAAUGCGAAAAGAUGUACCCGAGCCUGCAGGAGGACAUCGAGAUUUUAAGUUUGCAGGACAACACCGGCUGCGAUUUGGACCCGGAUUUCUUGAUAAAGGAUGUUUUCAACAUCAAUAACAUCGUGAAGGUCAUUCUGAGAAACGAAAUAGACCUGGACGACUCCGCACCAGUGUCGCUUUACAGAUCUGUAAAACGCUCUAAAAUGAACAACGGGUCGCCCCGCCCGGUACAGCCGCAGCAGCAAAUCUCUUCCUCUUCCGGGGUCCUUAGGAUUGCAAAGAAAAGGCCACCGACAUCAACAACAGCAACAAGCACCAUUCGCAGUGGCACCAACGGAUCCAUGAGGAUCUCUACUCCACUGGCUAGACAAAUCUAUCCUCCGCCUUCCUCCAAAAUGAUGUCCAACAACUCUGACGACGAAGAAGAAGAAGAUAUUGGCGAAAGAUCCUUCUUGCCGCCCCCAACCCAGCCGCAAUCGCCUCCCAUUAGAAUCAGCUCGGGCAUUGACACGGGAAAGAAGAUCAGAUCAAGCGCCGUCGAGGAAGAUAUCGUAUCCAGAUCAGAAACCGUGGAUCCAGACAAAUCAAAACAACAACGCCUAUUGUCCGGAACCCCGGUAAUGUCCACCAUGACCCCCAACAGAGUUACUUUGACCGGCCAACGAGUGGUGUCUGAGCACGCCCAAAAGAAUGAAUUGGUCUUUUCAGCCUCCGCUUCCUCUUCCUCUUCCUUCGCUGCCGCCGCAGCCGUCGCUCUCACAGCCUACGACUCAAACAAGAAACCACCUGCUACCUCUCCAAGAAUAACAUCGGGCAUGUUAAGAAUCCCUGAACCAAGAAUCUCCGAGAUUGAAAAAGAACUAAAGGAGGGUCCUUCCAGUCCGGCUUCUAUCUUGCCCGCAAAGAGCGCCAAGAUCCCAAUGAAAAAACCUUACCUAGAAAACGGUGACGAUUAUGAAUCUGAUGAAAGCUCAAGUAGUGGAACCCAGGAAACUCCAGAGACGGAGCCACAUUCAAAGGCUUCUUUGCAACGUAGUCAAAGUUCUAUCGCAGAUAACAACGGCUCCCCCGUGAAGAACAGCCCCCUGGGUGAUGCCAUGCCACAUAAUGUUCAUCUCGCAGAACUGCCCAAGGCAAGCAGUCCCGCCAACGUCAAAUCUUCUAAUGGCCAACUCCCCACAAAACAACAACAGAGGAAAGGCUCGCUGGAGACAAUAGUGGAAAGAAAAAUGCGCAAGGAUCUUGCUGCUACAGCGGAACCAAGAAGAAUGAACGAUUUCCCAGAUGACAGUCAAGGAAAGGAAGAUGGGGAUUCAAACGAAAAAAAUUUGCAAAAGGAAAAUUUGCCAACAGUCCCUCAUAACAAGCAACCAAUACUUGCAUCAUCCAAGAAGCCCAAUGGCAAAGUGAUUCCAACGCAUAGCCCUCUGGUCAGCAAAUUUACUGCAAAUGGUGGCGCUACCAUCGACGAUGCCCUUGCGGACGAUGACGAUGAAGAAGCAGAUACCACCGUUCGUAUUGUACAUCAGGAUUCCGACUCCUCCUCUUUCCAAAAAUCAGAACUGUUCAAGAUGAUUGAAGGCAACGGUGAAGAUCUUCCGCAAUGGUUUAAAGGUAAAAAUUCGAGAAAAAACUCCGCCUCCAGUAAUAACAAGAAUGCAAAGCCAUACACUACUGUCUUGAACAAAGACAUAGACAAUUCUAAACCAGAUCCAAGAAAUAUCCUACCUCAACGAACCCCAAGGAGCGCGGCUAAAAGGGCUGCCCAAUUAUUAGCGGGCGCCAAGAAAAACGAGGUUCCUGAAAAAGCCACACAAGAUUCAAGUUCAGCAGGAUCUACGGACGAUGAAUCGGAAAGCGGAAUCGAAACAGACGUGUCAUCAGACGAUUUAACUAAAAGGCAAUCUGCACCCUUAGCUAACGGCGGGCCCAAGGGGGACAUCUCUUUGCACUCAUUGAAAGGUAGUGUCGUUCCGCUGACGGAUGCAAAGGUGAAUAGCAAACAAGACGAUGGGCAAAUUGAAAACAAAAAAUCGCCUCAAAAAAUUCCCGAGAAGAAAAUUGAACCCGUUUUAAAAGCGACUGAAACUUCUAAAAUCCCACAGUCUUCCGUAUCCGAUAUUAAGAUAAGUGAACAAAUGGCCAAGAGUUUUUAUCCGAAUUCAAGUAAGAAACAGAAUGAACGUGCAAAGUUGCCAAGUAAAACUACACCGCCACCGGCACUUUCUUCUACUGGCAACACCCCAUCAGUGGCUACAAAAGCAAACGCUUCUCCGGCCCAAAAAGUGAACAACAAAAUUGUCAAGCCAAAAGCUAAGAAGGAAGUUACACAGCCCGAUAAUAAAAACAAAGAAGCGCUAACAAAGGCAAUAGAUUCCAAAAGCACAGCCACUAGUGAAGCCAAAGACUCGUCAGCAAAGGUAGACAAGAAAAAAGUGGAAGCCAAGGAACUGGAAAAGGCGCCCACAAAUUCAUUAGGCGCCAAAAAUAAGAACACACCAAAGGAGGAUGAAGCUCCUAAGAGUAAGCAAUUGAAAGCAAACAAAGUUGAGAUCCAGAAUGAGGCAAAAACCGCAAAUAACACAAUCAAAGACAAACCAAAACUUGCCAAGCCAAGUGCGAAUGACAAAUUAAAAGAUUUGAAAGCCAAAUUCACCAACAGUAAAUCAUUUGCGCCAGCGGGUCUAGUUUCUACCGAAAAAAAAGAUUCAGUUUUAAGUAAUGAAGACUCCGAUUCCUCAGGUUCUUCAACAGAAGACGAAUCCAGCUCGUCCUCCUCAUCCUCUUCUGAUGGGGAAACUUCUACAUCCAGGAAGUCCAGAAGAGUUGUUGUUAACACACCAAGAGAGCCGGUUAGGUCUUCGUCUUCCAAAAUUGACGCGGUAACUCCAUCGUUGAGUCAAACAAAGAAUGCCACUCCUAAUAAAGUUCCAGUUACGCAGUUAAUGGAUAUGUCCUCUCCACCAUCAGCAAAAUCUAGAACUCCUUCAAAACCUUCUAGUAUUCUUCACGAUCUUCCAAGAAAGGUACGUCCAUCCCUGAGUUCGUUAUCUGACCUCGUCUCAAGGGGAAUUCCAGACGUCAAGGAAAAAAGCUCUAAAUCGAUUGGUAAACCACAGCCCAAAGUUGCCUCGAGUAGUGACGAUGAAUCGAGCCCUAGUUCAGGUUCAGACUCCAGCUCGGAUUCCGGCUCUGAGUCUGGCUCGGAUUCUAAUAGUGGUUCUGAUCUAGAUUCUGAUGAUUCAGGUGAUUCUUCCGGAGACGGAAAAAGCUUCAUCAGUGCCAAAUCUGCCAGUGCUGCUCUAGGUAAGAAAAAGAAACCAAGCGGUGGAUUUGCAUCUUUAAUAAAAGAUUUUAAGAAAAAAUGA